AUGUCCAACCGUCGCCAUGUCGCUCCUUCUGUGGCCUCGAAUAGCAACUCAAGCCACGUAGCAAAUAGAUCAGUCCCACUGUUCAAACGACUUCUCUUCCCCACAGCUCCAGCUUCUUUUGAACUUCCGCCGCUGCUCCUAAAUCCCUCAGUAUCACCAGAAUUUAAUGCCGAAUUAUACGACUUUAUCGCUCUCGCACUGCGAGCUUUCGUGCAACCUUGGUGGACGAAAAUCACUCGAUAUGAUAAAGAGUUUCUGCCUAUCAUAACCAAUAUUCUUACACACGUCUUUCGGACACUCGAGGAUCGGUUGGCUAAAGCGCAUCAGAGGGGAGAUUUAGCAGAGUUGGUGUUCCGGGAUAUUCCUGUUAUAAUCACUCAACAUUACCGCGACUUUCGAUUUGCUCGGAGCAAAUUAAAUUCAUCAUAUGCGGCGGGAGGUGCCCUUUCUAUUCCGGCAUUGUUUCAUGCGAGUCAAUCGCAUAUGGCAGUCAAACCAGGAGGCGAAAUCGACUUGGAUUAUGUCCGGUUCUUGGUUGAUCAUAUAUUAAAAACCUGCUUACCGACAGAGGACUGGGAUCCAGAAACGGAGCGAGUGAUUGUCCGAGAGAUCAUCGUUAAGAUAGUCGCCCAGGACAUUUUGGGAAAGAUAACGCAACCGUGGUUCAUAGAGAAGAUGAUCUUGGACCAGUUGAUGAAUAUACCGUCAACGAAACCCAAAGUCACUACCCCCCAUUCGAACGGAUUUUCCACGCAUACACUUCUCGUAUUCGUCUUGACACUCAUACAAUCCAUCUCCGGCGUUUGUCUGGCGCUCGUGCACGCUUACAGACAACUCAUCGUUACUAUGAAGGAGGUCAACCAACAUUCUGGUAUCAAUGAAACUUCUUUGACACCACCACCACCGGAACCACCUAUACCUGCCUCACAUUCACCUUCUGUAACAGUCGCGAUCGACCCCCUGUUGGUAACGCAGACACAGACUGACCAUUCUGCGCUUCCUCUGGAGCCUUCUAUAUCAUCUUCAUCUGUUGACCCAUCAUCAUCCGGUGUCCCUUCAUCUUCUUCGUCCGAAGCGAAUUAUGAUACAAUAACGGAUUUCCCUCAUGAUUACGCCACGUACAUUGUUGUCAUGCUCGCGGAAAUAUUCACCACUAACUCUCGUUAUGCGGGCAACACGAUCAUGAGUACUAUCGGAAUGGCGACUAGUCAGGGCGUAGCAGGAAAAUGGCUUGACAAGUUCUUACCAUACCUUUUGACGCGAACCCUUUCGACAAGCUUGAUGCAAACUAUGACACGUACCGCCAAACGCACACUCUUUCCCAACGGAUAUCCUGCUCCGCCACCAAUAGACCCAACGCUGGAGGAACAAGCCGAGACGAGGCGGAAACUGGUCGAGUUUUUUGAUGAUAACGCGCUAGCUCCCCUCCUUCUCGGCCCAAGUCCUUCAGACACUAUAUCAAUGGCGUUACAGCCUCUGGAGACCAGGGAGUGUAAUGUUCACUUGUCUAUGUUACUUUUGGAUCGCAUCCUUGGUGUACUGAUGCCGGAGCUGUUCGAUGGGACAUGA